AAAUCCCUGCUGCCAGUCAGUCUCUCCAUCUAAAUGCUAAAUGGAGACCUAAAUCUGCCAAGAGAGACGAAUAUUAUGUAAGAAAGAAGAAGAAGAAGAAGAAGAAGAAGAGGAAAAAAACAAGAAAAGUACCGCUCAUCGGUGACGGAUGCUGGAGGUGAAGGAUGAGAGCAACGUGGAUGCUGUUUCUCUUCCUUAGCUGGCUUGUGUUCGGGCACAGAAGGGCAAAAGGGAAAUGUGUGUGUGACGGGAAAUCCAUCUGUCACUGCGGAGGAGUGAAGGGUGAAAAGGGUGUAAAAGGAUUUCCGGGCCAACCAGGGCCUCCUGGAUUACAGGGGUAUUUAGGAGCUGAGGGUCAGCAAGGGCCGCAGGGUGAGAAGGGAAACACUGGUCCUAUCGGUCUCCAAGGAUCAAAAGGAGACAGGGGAGUUGAUGGAAGCCCGGGUCUCCUUGGAGCUCCGGGUUUGCCGGGUACACCAGGAAAGCAAGGUCCCAAUGGUCCACCUGGUGCUCCUGGCUGUGAUGGUGCAAAGGGAGAAGAAGGCUCUCCUGGCCCACACGGUGUACCAGGUUCACCAGGACACGGAGGGCCACCUGGCUGGCCAGGGCCAAAGGGGGACUCCGUAUCACCAGGGCUGAUUACAGAAGGAAAGCUUGGACCUCCGGUACAUGGACCACCAGGACCGCCGGGUCCGGAGGGAUUUCCAGGGCCGACGGGUUUAAGAGGCGCUGACGGACGUCCCGGGCCUUCUGGACCUCCAGGAUUAAAGGGUACCCAAGGACGAUCUGGUUCUCAGGGACUUUCAGGUCCAAAGGGAGAUCAGGGUCCUCCUGGAACACCUGGUCCACGAGGAAGGGGAAUUUUCUUCGUGAAUAUUGGAAGGGGGAUAAAGGGUGACCCUGGAGACGUGGGAGAAAGAGGCUGUGACGGUAGACCAAGACGCCCGGGCUCCUCCUUUCGGAAAGGUGAAAAGGGGGACAAAGGUGACCAAGGGGAGGAGGGAACUCGAGGACCCGAAGGAGAGCCUGGAUUAAGAGGAUUUACGGGUAAAAAAGGGGCUCGUGGUCCUCUAGGCUAUAUACCUGGCCCACCAGGACUCAAGGGAGAGAAAGGUGAUUUUGGUCUCCCAGGUCCCCCCGGAGACAUACAUGAAGUUGCUAGAUGUCUGCUCAAGGGAUAUGAGGGAGAUGCUGGUUGUGAAGGACAGCCUGGGCCACCUGGUAUGAAAGGCGCUGCAGGAUUUCCAGGACUGCCAGGACAUCCAGGUUCACAUGUCCUUGGACCCACGGGGCCAUGGGGUCCGCCAGGUCAAAUAGGACCCAAAGGGGAGAAGGGUAAUGCAGCACCAGAUCCGACCGGACCUCCAGGUAGAGAUGGUCCUCAAGGAGUACAGGGGCCUCGUGGAGACCCAGGACCUCCAGGCCCAGUAUUUCCUCCAGAAUAUCCUCCACCUAUUAAAAAUUUCAAGGGACCUCCGGGCAUUCCGGGUAAUGAUGGCCUUCCGGGACCAAAGGGUGAUAAAGGGGAGGCCUGUUAUGAAUGUUGCUAUGGACUACAAGGUCCUCAUGGCCCACCAGGCCAUCGAGGCCUUCCAGGUAUAAAUGCCCCACCUGGCCCAAAGGGGGAUGCGGGUUUUAAAGGCGUCGCUGGUUUACCAGGUUAUGAGGGAUCUCCAGGGCCACCUGGACUCCAGGGUGUACCAGGAGAGAAGGGAAGUGGAGGAAGCUCUUCUCACAUUGGAAUGAAGGGAGAUAAGGGGUUUCCAGGCUUACCAGGCCUCCCUGGUCGAGAUGGUCUCCAUGGUUCACCAGGACGUCCUGGAUCUAAGGGACCACCUGGGGCCAAGGGUGACUCAAAUGUGGCAUUAGGCCCCAUGGGAGAUCCAGGACCUGCUGGGUUACCAGGGAUUCAAGGAAACCCUGGGCCAAAUGGACCACCAGGUCCUCCAGGAUUUGGAGUACCUGGAUUUCCUGGACAGAAAGGCAAGCAUGGAGUUCAAGGCAUCAGAGGCCCACCUGGACCUCCAGGUGAGAAAGGAGAGUGUAGUAGAAGUGGCACAGGAUAUCCAAGUUCAAAAGGCCAGAAGGGACUUCCAGGGCAAGAUGGACCACCAGGCAUUCCUGGACCCCCAGGUCAUCCAGGCACUCCAGGCUUCCGUGGUCCAAAGGGAGACAGAGGCACUUUAUUGCAUAGAAAUGUUGGACCACCAGGGAUCAAAGGUAAUAAAGGCCAGUCAGGGCUACCAGGAGUUCCCGGAAUCGGCUUAAAUGGACUACCUGGACCAGUGGGACCAUCGGGAAUACCAGGGUCAAAGGGUGAACCUGGAUAUGGCCAUCCAGGGCUAGAAGGAUUGGCAGGAAUUCCAGGUGAACCAGGUGUUAAAGGUCUACCAGGAGAGCCAGGUGUUCCUGGUUUCCCUGGACCAUUUGGAAUCACAGGAAAGCCAGGGGAAUCAGGCCCCAAAGGAAAUAAAGGUGCAACGGGUUUUCAGGGAUUACCAGGUGAACCAGGUGACUGUCACCUAGCAACUGGUACACCAGGAAUUCCAGGAAGUAGAGGUCAACUAGGCUCCAGAGGACCAAGUGGACAGAAAGGCAUUAGGGGGAGCCCCGGUGUGCCAGGCUUUGGUAAAUCUGGUCCACCUGGACCCCUGGGACCACCUGGGUCCUCAACACCGGGAGCACCAGGGCCUCCAGGAAUACAAGGUCUCACAGGGCCAAAUGGACAUCCUGGUGUACCAGGAUCCAAGGGUGAGCGGGGGCCACCAGGACCAUCAGGUGUUGAAGGCCCAUAUGGCACCUUUGGACCCACUGGACCACCUGGACCCAAAGGGUCUCAGGGCUUGUCUGGAGAAAGAGGUCAGAAAGGGCUUCCUGGUGUUCAUGGAGAUCCUGGAGUAUCUGGGCCUCAUGGUCUUUCCAUGGUGGAACAUGGGCCUAUAGGAGACCCAGGUCCACCAGGCCUACCAGGUUUACCAGGUACAAUGGGAGAUCCAGGAUUACCAGGAACUAGAGGAAUUAAUGGGAGCAAUGGGAUACCAGGAAGGCCAGGACCACCAGGCCCUGUUGGUGAUAGAGGUGUUGACAGCUACGUUCCUGGUGAACCAGGCAAUAUUGGGCCUAGAGGUGAUCCUGGAUUUAUAGGUUUUCCUGGUCCUCAAGGUAUGAAAGGAGAGCCAGGUGAACCCGGAACCACAGGUAGCAGAGGAGAAGAUGGGGCUAUUGGACUCAAAGGACACAAAGGCGCCCAGGUUACAGGCGUCCUGGGGCUUCCUGGGCCAAAAGGGCAAAAGGGAGAGCCUGGAUUUGGAAGUAAUGCUGCAUGUAAAGGAGAGAAGGGAAAUGUUGGAUUUCCUGGUCCACCAGGUAACCCCGGGCCAACAGGAUCUCCAGGAGACAGUGGAGCCCCUGGAAUUCCAGGGCCCCUAGGUUCACCUGGUCAACCAGGCUUGCACGGUGCCCCUGGACCUCCUGGACCCACAGGCCCAAAUGGAGAUCAAGGGACUCCUGGUCCUCCUGGUCCUCCAGGACUUGUUGGCCAAAAAGGCAACCAUGGUCGGGAUGGCUUUCCUGGACCACCAGGUCUAAGGGGAGAUAACGAUUGUACGAACAGCAUUCCAGGCACAAAGGGACAUAAAGGGCAAGCAGGUCCAAAGGGAAACAGGGGACUUAAGGGUGAACCAGGUAAUGGGUUUCCCGGUCCUAUGGGAAAUAAGGGACCCCCAGGGCCACCGGGACCUUAUGGUUCUCCUGGACAUCCUGGGGCACCAGGAGAAUGUUUAUCUGGGGGAAAAGGAGAACCUGGUCUUCCUGGGAGACCUGGAAAUCCUGGGCCACAAGGCCCCAGAGGACCUCCAGGACUUUCCCUAAUGAAAGGGGACAAGGGAGACAGGGGAUUGCCCGGUAGGCCAGGUCUUAAUGGAGAGAGGGGAAUCCAAGGACACCCUGGUCUUCCGGGACCUACUGGUGUUCCUGGUGCUCAUGGGACAAACGGGGACCCAGGGCUUCCUGGCCUUCCUGGCUCUCCUGGUGAACCGGGAGAUCCAAACUACAAUCUUGGACGGAAAGGUGAACCUGGAUUUAAAGGUGUUCCUGGACCACCAGGUCCAGAUGGAACUAGUUCUUGUACACCAGUAAUUACUCUGCCAGGGGAUCCUGGGCCAGGGGGAAACCCUGGAGAUCGUGGGCCCUCUGGAUUUGCUGGGUCACCUGGAAUACCAGGGCCAACAGGCUUGCAAGGCCCCAGGGGACCUCCGGGCCAAGAUGUUCCAGGACACCCUGGCUUCCCUGGACAUAAAGGAGAUAAAGGAGCACCUGGACUACCAGGGCCAGAUGGCUAUGUGGGGCAGCCAGGAAAGAAGGGUGCUCAAGGGCCUCCAGGAAAGGCAGCACAAGGAGCUCUCGAUAGCUUCCUUCUGACCAGACACAGCCAGAAAAUCCAAGUUCCCAACUGCCCACAAGGAACCACUUUCAUUUAUUCAGGAUACUCACUGCUGUUCAUCCAUGGGAAUGACAGGGCACAUGGACAAGACUUGGGAACAUCAGGUAGCUGCCUGCCUCGUUUCUCCACCAUGCCCUUUCUCUUCUGCGAUACGGAGUACACCUGUCGCUAUGCCUCGCGUAACGACUACUCGUACUGGCUGUCCACGGAUGAGCCCAUGCCCACCAAAAUGGAACCGAUCAGGGGGGACAUUCUGGCGAGAUACAUCAGCAGAUGUUCGGUGUGUCAGAGCACAGCCAAUACCAUCGCCAUACACAGUCAGACUACACAGACACCCGAGUGCCCCCAAGGCUGGUUUUCACUCUGGACUGGCUACUCCUUUGCCAUGCAAACCGGUGUGGGUGCUGAGGGCUCAGGACAGUCCCUCAUCUCUCCUGGUUCCUGCCUAGAGCAUUUCAGACAAGUCCCUUUCAUCGAGUGUCAUGGCCGGGGCACGUGCAACUAUUACCCUGACUCCUACAGCUACUGGCUGGCUUCCCUCGACGUAGAACAGGUGUUUAGUACGCCCAAGCCCAAAACAGUGAAAGGACUAGCCAUGACAAGUGUCAUCAGUCGCUGCCGUGUCUGUAUGAAAAUCAACCAAAAGCAACUUACUAUAAUAUAGUAAAUUUCCUGUUAUCACGUACACGAUAGCAGGUUUUCUCCUUCUUCAAGUUAAUAAGACAAAAAAAUAAAAUCUCACCGACACUGGAGACUCCUUCCAUGAAUGUCAAAUAAAACUUUUCUUAUGCAACA